AUUAAAUAUUCAAGGUGCGGCUUUUGCAGCAGGUGCUUGAGAAAUAGUUCCCUUCGCAUUUUUUUGGGUAACUUUGGAGAGUGCAGAGUCUACAACAAUUUUACUGUAACAGAUUUAAAAAAGAGGACUUUUUUGAAAAUAUUGUCGGACGGGUAAAAUAUUACUUUUCUAAGCCAGGUGGAGAAUAGGCUCAUUUGUUCCAAUCUAACAACUGUUGCCUUUGGUGUACUACAAACUUUUUCCUAAAACUUGGUUUUCUUUUCAAAAAGUUGAAAAUGGCAAACUCUGGACUUCAGAUUUUGGGUUUUGCUCUGUCGAUUCUUGGUCUGGUCGGGUUAAUCAUCGGUACAAUCCUGCCUCAGUGGAAGAUGUCGGCAUACGUCGGUGACAAUAUCAUCACAGCAGUGUCUAUGUACCAGGGAUUAUGGAUGUCUUGUGCAUUCCAGAGUACCGGACAGAUCCAAUGCAAAGUCUACGACUCAAUGCUGCAACUUGACAGCGCCCUCCAGGCAACGCGGGCCCUGAUGAUCGUGGGCAUCAUUGUGACUGUGGCUGGACUGGGCGUGGCCAGCAUGGGAAUGAAGUGCACCAACUGUGGCGGAGACGACAAAACCAAAAAGUCCAAAAUCUCCAUGACCGGCGGUAUCAUCCUGCUGAUCGGCGCUCUGGCUGCAAUGAUCGCCUGCAGUUGGUUUGCCAACCGGAUCAUCCAGGACUUCUACAACCCGUUCACCCCAGUCAACACCAAAUAUGAGUUUGGUUCAGCCAUCUUCAUUGCCUGGGCUGGAGCCUUCCUGGACAUCAUUGGUGGGGCCAUGCUUGCUGCAUCCUGCCCCAAGGGAAAGCCAAAAGCUGCUCCCAAAUACCCCAUUGCUUCCACCCGUCCCCCUAGCAGCACCAAGGAAUACGUCUGAGCAGGACCCCCCCCCCCCAGUGGCAGAAGGAAACAUCUAGAGGCUGAAGGAAAAAACACAAUCUACAUUCCCAACUCUACAUGUCAUUUGGUCCUUGCCAAGUCCACCUUGUUUGUUCUGUGUUUUUUUUACUCUGUAUAUUUUAAUGUUAUCCAUGAUGUAAUCUCUAACUGAUGGGAUGUAGUGUAGAGUUGGUUUUCUUAUUGUUACUGUUUCAGAG